UUUUUUUUUGAAACUCUCCCUCAAGUCGUUGAUCAAAAAAGGCAAUCAUACAAAAUUAUGCCUUUUUUUUAUUUUUUUUACAUUUAUAUAUUUUUUUUUCCUCAGAAAUGUCAAACAAAAGAUUAAAUGACAAGAAUCAGACUUAUACAAUAGGAUUAUUAACUUGUUAUAUAUCACCUGGAGCACGAGAAUACGUUAUUAAAACACCAUCAAAGCUUUUUAAUGCAUUUGAUCUGUUGACUUGGAUUAUAAUUUCAUUUUUAAUCAAUUCUUUCUUGUAUAAACAUGCUGUUAUGGUAUUUUUAAUUUGGCUCUUCUUAAAGAAAAAGACAGUUAGAAAAGAAAGUAUUUUGGCCAUCCGUGAUGUUGGAAUACAAGUAAAAACGACCUAUUGGGGUGGAUCAUCUGUUUCAAGAUUUAUCAAUCGUCAAAAAGUGGAAGAUGUCAUCAUCAAUGAAGGCAUCAGUUUCUGGCAAAUUAAAUCUUAUAUGGCAAUAUUAGUAAAGGGUGAAAAUAAAAUGAUUGUCGUAUUUGAGAAUUUAUUACCUCGUUUAGACCCAGUCUUAAUUCACGUAUAUCAAGGAGUUCGUACUAUCCUAUUCUCUUAACAACAAACAACAAUAAUGAUACUCAAAAUAAAUUAUAUCUUCAUAAACACGCCAUCCCUUUCCUUUCCUUUCUCUCUCUCUUUUUUUUUUAAAAAAAAAAAGAAAAGAAAAAAUGAUCAGCUUUAUGAUGUCCAUUAUAUUGUCUAAUCGUCUCUCCAUUCUGAAGCUCCCAUAAUCUUGCUACAUGAUCUGAUGAAGCUGUAACUAAAUACGCAGAAUCAGCGGAAAAUGCACAAUCCCAUACCCAUCGUUGAUGUCCCUGUAACGUUAAAAACAGUUCAAAAUUCUUUUCAACAUUCCAAACCUUGGCUGUAUUGUCAGCCGAACAAGUAGCUAAAAGU